AUGGUAUUCUUGAAGUUCCUCUGGAUGGGUUUCUUCUGCCACCUGUGUCAGGGCUACUUCGACGGCCCUCUCUACCCGGAAAUGUCCAAUGGGACCCUGCACCACUACUUCGUGCCCGAUGGGGACUAUGAGGAGAACGAUGACCCUGAGAAGUGCCAGCUGCUCUUCAGGGUGAGUGACCAACGGCGUUGCUCCCAGGGGGAGGGGAGUCAGGCCAGCAGCCUGCUGAGCCUCACCCUGAGGGAGGAGUUCACUGUGCUGGGCCGCCAGGUGGAGGAUGCUGGGCGCGUCCUGGAGGGCAUCAGUAAGAGCAUCUCCUACGACCUGGACGGGGAAGAGAGCUAUGGCAAGUACCUGCGGCGGGAGUCUCACCAGAUCGGGGAUGCCUACUCCAACUCGGACAAGUCCCUCACUGAGCUGGAAAGCAAGUUCAAGCAGGGCCAGGAGCAGGACAGCCGGCAGGAGAGCAGGCUCAAUGAGGACUUCCUGGGGAUGCUAGUCCACACCAGGUCCCUGCUGAAGGAAACACUGGACAUCUCUGUGGGGCUCAGGGACAAAUAUGAGCUGCUGGCGCUCACUAUCAGGAGCCAUGGGACCCGGCUAGGGCGGCUGAAAAACGACUAUCUUAAAGUGUAGACGGAAGUGCACAUUGCCAGAGAGCAGGAAUCCAACAGCUCCUUUGUGGAGGCUGGGGAAUGGAAAUGGGGGCUCACGAUUCCCUUAUACUUAUUAUUUUUAUAGUUCAGAUUUGCACUUUGAGAAUGAAUCUGAGGUUAUCUAAAAUAAAAGAAAGAAAAAGUGAGAAUGGAGUGGUUUUUUGUUUUGUUUUUGCACAUUAUUUAUGUGAUUGCUAUUGAUUUAUGGCCUCGGAAGAAAAAGGUAAAGCAAUGCCUCCUGCCUUUCCAAGAGGGCUUUAUAACU